UCGCUCACUCGAUCAACAGUCGAGGCGAAGUCGAGGCGCGGACGCGUAAGCGGCACGCCGCAACUAGGAUUUCUUUAGAAACAAAUGGCAGUGCGCUCAUAUACUAGAGUCGCGGCACGGGCGAGGUGAAGUCGAGGCGGGGGCGGGGAGGCGCGCUCAAUCGUGCCCGAGCCUCGACUCCACCGCCAUUUUGUCAUUUCGUUUCGUGCGUAGCUGUGUUUAGACGUUUUAAAAAUGCGUGACGAUUUUGAAACCAACGUAAAAUUUAUUGAAAUUGUUCAAUUAAAUCCUUGUAUUUAUGAUCAAACACGAUCAGAUUAUAGCAACAGGAACAAACAAGACAAAGUGUGGGGCGAAAUUGCGAAACAAUUAAACGAACCUGUGGCAACGUGCAGAGAGAGGUGGAAGAACAUUCGAGGCCGAUACGUAAAACAAAUAAACAAACCGCCGCCAUCGGGCUCUGCAGCUAAAUCAAAAAAGCCAUAUUACCUUUCAGAAUAUUUACAUUUUUUAGAUACAUUCAUAAGAAGCAGAACUCCUACCGGAAAUGUGCAAUCCCAAUCAGUUGAAACUGAUAAAGAACGUGAAAGUGAAGUCACUGAAGAACAAAGUAAUUCAAUUCCGGAUAUAUCUGAUGCUGAUGAAGAGUCUUUUACAAGAGACGAGACAUUGGAAGCUAAUCGGAUUCCAGGACUUAGUGAUUAUUCGAAUCCAUCUACCCCAGAAACAAGUGUUCCAAUACAGUCAAAUUUUUACAGACGAAAGAAUAAACAGGCUACUAGCCUGAGUGAGGUUAAUAGAUCAGCUAUUAAAUAUUUUGAUGAAAGGAAGAAACGCCAAAACUCAGCGCCAGCCGUCCUAGACCCCGAUGAAGCUUUUCUAAAAAGUGUCCUUCCUGAUAUGAAAAACAUGACAGAAGCCCAGAAAAGAAAUUUUAAAGUUGCUGUAUUACGUGUUGCGGGAGAAAUUCUCAAUCAACCAGUAGUGACCCCGCCAUCCAUUUUACCCCAUUAUUCGGUAAUACAGCAAUCUACUGACUGUCUAGCGUCUAACUCAAAUCGGUCAUUACCAGUCAUUUCUGCAUCUUCUAGUUCAGAAAGACUUGAACAAGAUAGAACAAAUGAUUGGAAUGAGUCGAUAUUUUUACCACAGUAUUCAGUAGUUAGUCAAGCUACGAGUGUUGAUUCCAAUGUUCCUGAAUCAAAUCAGACUAUCGAGGAACUUGGCACAUUUUGUGACCUGUAAAAUAUUGAUUAUUUUUCGUUGAAAUACUUACUGUUGAUUAUUAGUUGAUUUGUACUUGAGCAUUAUUAAUGCUCAAUAUUUUCA